CUUCUCAUCUUUCAAAAGAAAAAAGAAAAAGAUCAAUAAUGGCAGCAAAUUCACCAAGCCAUCACAACAAGUCUCUUCCUCUGAGCAAUUCUUCCCAGUCUGUUAAGAAGGCCACAAAGCUCAUAGCUCCAAUUCUCUUCUUCUUUGUACUGUUGCAGCAUUCUGCUUAUGUGUUUCCUCUGUUCCUUGAACUUUCCAGCACAGUUGUGGACAAGAAUUACAUGUUCAUCGUUUGCAAUGGGAUCUUGGUACUGAUUGCCAAGAGUUCUGGUCUGAUUGGGAACGGGGAGAAGAAGAAAGCAGCUGAAUUUGAUCAAGAGAUGGAAGAUAAGCAGAAACUGGAAGAGGUAGAAGAGGAAGAAGUGAUUGCAGAAGGUGAAAUGAGAGAGGAAGAGGGUAAAGAUUGUAGCUUUAUUACGGAAGAGGUGAUUUCAGAAGGUGGAGGGGUGGAAAAGGUGGCUACAGAUUGCAGCUUUAUCACAGAAGAAUUGAUUUCUGAAGGUGGAGGGGGUGAAAAGGAGGAUACAGAUUGCAGCUUUGCCACAGAAGUAGCGAUUUCAGAAGGUGAAAGGGAAAAGGAGGAGGAUAAAGACUCAAGCUUUAUCGCAGAAGAAGUUGAGGGUUUUGAUUAUGAACAAGGAGAGCAUGGAAAUGGGUUGCUGAGUAGUGAAGAAUUGCAGAGGAAAUGCGAGGAUUUCAUUAGCAAGAUGAAAGCUGGGAUCAAGUUUGAAGCUCAACAACAGCAGCAGCUCAUCAUGGUUCAGUGACAACUAAUCACAGUCCGACUGAAUUUUUCAGUUUGUCUCUCUUUUUUUACCCAUGAUUUUUCCCCAUCCAUUUCUGACAUGGGUUUUGAUCGGAAGCCUCCCACUAGUUGGAACUUCUUUCACUGUAUUAUUGUAAAAAAGGAAGAAAGGCCAAGCUCACUUGACUGCAGAUUUACCCAAAAUUCUGGGAAUCAUUAUGUUGUUAGCUUAGCUUAGCUUUGUUCAACCUUGGCCCGCAUCAGAAGCUACUGCCGUAGUAAAAAGUAAAAUGUGCA